UACGAAGGGCAAUAUAAUCUCUCUCAUCUUCAAUAGUUCUAUGAUGAAGGGGGCAAAAAUGGGAGACAGAAGAAACGAGGAAACGAAAAGGAAACGAACAGAAUGGCCAGCCAUUAAACCCAAGUCCAAUCUCCAGGUCUCUCGUCUCAAAGGGAACGAUCUCCUUACUGUGCAAAAUUACUUGACUUCUGCUGAAGCAAAAGCAUUCAUUGAAGCAGCAGAAUCAGUUGGGUUUGUUCACCAAGGGAGCCUUGGCCCAACAAAGGGUGAAGCCUAUAGAGAUAAUGAUCGUAUCUCUAUAAAUGAUCCUGAUCUUGCUGAUGCAAUAUGGAAAGCAGGGAUUGACAAACUCUUUUGUGCUAUUAGAAUUUGUGGCAGAGUUGCUGUUGGAUUAAACCCAAACAUCAGAUUUUACAGGUACAAGGCUGGGCAGCGUUUUGGACGUCAUAUUGAUGAAAGUGUUGAUCUCGGUGAAGGUCAAUUCACACACUAUACAUUGUUAGUGUAUCUAAGCGGAAGAGGCUUCAAAUCCAAAGCUAAGGUGGAUAAGAAUGCUCAGGAUUCUCUGACAGAGCCUCUUGUUGGAGGAGAGACUGUAUUUUAUGGUCCUAGAAAUUCUCUGGUCGCCGAGGUUCCUCCUUGUGAAGGAAUGGCUCUCUUUCAUAUCCAUGGGGAUAAAUGUAUGCUGCACGAAGCUCGGAAUGUCAGUAAGGGUGUCAAAUAUGUGUUGCGAACGGAUGUUGUGUUUGCUUGAUCCCAUGUAAGCACUCUCUAGCCCCCCCUCCCACCCCGCACCCCCUUAUUCGACAACGUUAUAUAUCUCUGCAAUUUAUGUUCUCAAGUACUAGCUAGAUAAGUAACCUUAUGGCUUUCAGAUUUUGUUAAUAAUAUUCACUCUUUUAGGGGCAGAUUGAAUGAAUCCGAACUGAUUGUAGUGUAAUUUUGAACUAAGCUGUAGUGAACUGAAUUUAAGAGUACUGAAAUUAAUUAAGUCCAAUUGA